GCACGUCCUGACCCGCCGGGAUUAUUGUCUUUCAACCCCCUCCUCCCGUGGUCUUAUCCUACCCUCCACCCCCUCCCAUUUACCACUCCGGGGCUCCUUUUGAAGUCAGCAACAAAGCACGCGAUUGACUCUUUGUGCGUGAUCACGCCAAGGGGAAAAAAUUCCGCACCGUCUGGUGGAAUCGCCCGGAGCUUUGUUGGUAGGGUCCUUUGUCCUUGGCUCUUCCGUUCUCCGCUUUCUCUUACCAUAUCACCCACCUUCUCACCCAUUGCAUUUCUAACGCUCAGCUUCUUCUCGACAUAUUAG